AUGUUGCCCUCACCAAUUCUUGUGGAUGGCUGGAAUACACUGCCUUUCCCUAAUCCAAUAAUAUGUCGAAACAGUGUGUGUUUGUGGCUGUGUCUUCAUGGUAUAUGUGUUUGUAUGACAGUUCUGGGAAACUCAGUGCCUGCCAUCUAUGCCAUAUCAAAACAGUCAAAAGCAACAAUCAUGAUAAGAAUAAUAUCACACAAAUGUGUGCAUGCUCCUACGCUCCCAAGGCCAUAUCCACACUCAAAUGAACUCAUUGCUGUAACUGCAUUGGCAUUCUUCCUGCCAGAGGGCUACAUACAAGCUGUGCUGCUAACAACAAACGUCUUAUGUUGGAACAAUUUAUGUUCUCCAUCUGGUUCACGGCCAUACUACCUAGCGAAUAAAAAAGUUGAUGUUUGUGAAUUUCUACCUAUAGCUGAAAGUGCUCUCCAAAACAAAGAAAAAUCCCUGAUUUUGUGCGUGCUCAAAUAUUGUUUCUUGUAUCUUGUAAAUCAACAUUUCACACCUCUUUCUUCAUUCCUCAGUUUCAUUCAAAGUGCUGGUGAGAACUGUGACAUUUCGUUUCAAGAAACAAUACAUCAAGGAGUAGUGAACGAUGAGCUGGAGAUAGAUGCAGAGAAGUCAACAGAUUUCACUGUGUGCAGCAGCUAUACCAAAAUAUCGAUUUCACAAGAAGAUAGCUUAUUCAGCAUGAGAUGUAGUCGUAGCAUUAGGGAAAAGGAAUUUCACAAGUUUAACUGUGAUUUGUGCCUAAAGAGCUUCCCUUCAAAAUACAGACUCAUAAUGCAUGUCUUCAACCACAUUGAUGGUGUGCAGGCACCUGCGUAUGUGUGUAAGUCAUGUGGUGAGGUAUUGCCCACUGACGACUGCUUGAAAAAACAUUUGAGAAUGAGUGAGGUUGACCAAACAUUAUCUGCUGCCAACAGAGAGAUACUUGACUGGAGUGAUGACCAUGAAAACAUUAUCUCCUUGGAAAGUGUACGAGAUGGAACCAUGGAACAGACUGAGAAGCAGUCUUCAUCCAAGGAAAGUAGGAAAACAUUCAAGAAAUUCCUUAAUGACGUAUGUAAUACACAUAAUGUGACACAAGCUGCAGAAAAACCCGAAAGAUGUGAUGAUGAUGGAAUGUUAUCUACAAGUGAUAAUUUCAAUGUCCAAGGCGUGCUAAGUGCAAAGAGGUGUCACAGGUGUGAUGUUUGUGCUAAAUUGUUUACUCUGUUAAGUGCUCUUAGGAGCCACAAAUUAAUACACACUGGUAAGAGACCCUACAAAUGUAGUGUUUGUGGAAAAUCGUUUGUUAAUUCUGGCAAUCUGAAGACACACGAAUUAAUACACACUGGAAGCAGACCCUACAAAUGUAGUGUAUGUGGAAAAUCUUUUACACAAUCGGGCAAUCUGAAGAGACAUGUUUUACUACACACAGGAAGGAGACCCUACAAAUGUGAUACUUGUGGCAAAUCUUUUAGUGCAUUGUCCAAUCUCAAGUUCCAUGUUCUAAUACACACUGGAAAGAGACCCUACAAAUGUAGUGUUUGUGAAAAAUCGUUUAAUCAUCCUAGCCAUCUGAAGGGACAUGAAUUAAUACACGCAGGAACGAGGCCUCACAAAUGUGAUACUUGUGGAAAGUAUUUCACUUACUUAAGUAAUCUCAGGAAACACACAUUAGUACACACUGGCGAACGACCGCACUCAUGUAGUGCUUGUGGAAAAUCGUUUAAUUAUUCGAGCAAUCUGAAGAUACAUGAAUUAAUACACACAGGGAAGAGACCCCACACAUGUGAUACUUGUGGCAAAUCGUUUAAUGUAUUGUCCAAUCUCAAGUCCCACGUCCUAAUACAUACUGGCCAGAGACCCUACAAAUGUAAUGUUUGUGGAAAAUCGUUUAAUCAUCCUGGCCAUCUGAAGAGACAUGAAUUAAUACACGCAGGAAAGAGUCCUCACUCACUUGGGUAA